AUGGAUUUCUCCCUAGAUAAGUUAGCAAAGUUAUAUGUAUUUGAGAUUGUCAGACUACAUGAAGUGCCAGUCUCCAUUAUUUCAGACAGGGAUCCACGGUUCACAUCCCGAUUCUGGAACAAGUUGCAAGAAGCUCUAGGUACGCAGUUACAUUUCAUUACCGCAUUCCAUCAUCAGACUGAUGAACAAUCCGAACGUGUGAUACAGAUUCUAGAAUAUAUGUUUCGAUGUUGUGUUUUGGAAUUCGAAGGCAAUUGUGAAAAAUAUAUGCCUUUAGUUGAAUUCGCAUUUAAUAAUAGCUAUCAGUCAAACAUUAAAAUGGCACUAUAUGAGGCUCUAUAUGGUCACAAAUGUAGAACUCCAUUGUAUUGGACUGAGCUCAGUGAGAAAAAGAUACAUGGAAUUGAUUUGAUCAGUGAGACUGAAAAAAAGGUGAAAGUGAAUUGGGAUAGUUUGAAAGCAGCCUCUGAUCGUCAAAACUAUUAUGUUGAUCUUAAGCGAAAAGAGAUAGAAUUUCAAGUUGGCGACAAUGUAUUCUUAAAAGUGUCACCUUGGAAAAAAGUUUCUGGUUUGGUCAUAAAUGAAAACUGA